AGGUAAUAAGUGGGAGAGAAGAAUGUUUCUGUCUCUUCCUACAUUGACUGUCCUUAUUCCAUUGAUCUCUUUAGCAGGACUGUUCUACUCAGCUUCUGUGGAAGAAAACUUCCCACAGGGCUGCACUAGCGCAGCCAGCCUGUGCUUUUACAGUUUGCUCUUGCCCAUUACCAUACCAGUGUACGUGUUCUUCCACCUUUGGACUUGGAUGGGUAUUAAACUCUUUAGGCAUAAUUAAUGCAAUCAGAGCCAAGAUAGUAUAUAAUUAAUGAUAAUUCUUGAGUGUCUGUCUCUGAAAGCUCAACUGCAUGGAAAUACUGGAAACCCACUUAAUUUUCAGAAGAGAUGCUUUGCUUUACUUAGAACUAUGGGAAGCAUAUGCUGCAGAAGCCUUCUUUUAUUGUACUUUGGUUCUGUCCUUGUUCUUUGAAGGUUCUAAUUGAUAACUGCUAUAUCAGAAGAAACAUUUCAACACAAUGUCUUCUUGGAAAGCAACAACCCAACCAUCAUCUAAUGACUUUCUUAUCCCUUUCAUCUAAAAAUUAAUAUUUUGAAAUUUUAUGUUUGUUUUAGAUUAAAAACAUGACUUUUGGUAAAGUCUCAUGUUAUACAGAUAACUGAAAUAAUUCCAAAGGAGCUAUGUUGGAGUAGUUGUAGAGAAAUGCAUUUGAAUUAGUGUGAUAUAAAACUAAAAUAAAAUGGAAAUUUAAUGGACUUUAAAAAUUCUGAGUUUGUAAAAUUACCUUCAUUACUUUGGAAUCAAAUACUUAAAUUAGUAAUAAUAAAAUAAGAUGACACUUUUCCAUAAACAUUUUGGAGGGUUUUUGUUUUUGGUCAUGAGUGUGGUUCUAAGGGAGGGAACAUGUAAAAAUAUUCUAAAUUUUAAAAUGUAGGCUAUUUUUAGAGAGGCACUUAAUACUCAAAUAGAACAGGUUCCCAAGAAAGUACUUACCUCUGGGAGUAGAGGUGGGGUGUUAGAAGUCUUACAAAUAGCUGAUUGUAUCCUAUUGAGCUGAGAACUAUGUUUUGAACCACAUUUCAGUUUAUUUACCUGCUUUAGGAGACCAGUUUAGCACUACUAAGGGCAUGAGCAUUUGACAUAAUAGUUCCUGAUUUUCCAGAACUUUCAACAAGACUGAGGUUAAUAUAAUAACUAUUUCAGAGGUAUAACAAAUAUUUUAGUAGUAACUAUAAAGAAACCUAAAAAUUGAAUAUACUACAUUGAUUUUUCUAGAAUCUUUUAAGUAGUUUAAUAGAAGCUGUAGACAG